AUUGUGGUUCGUGUCGGCUGCUUAGUUGCUUUCCUCGUCAAGGGAGAAAAGCAUGGCAUCCUAACUGUGGGACAUUUGAAGAGAGGACUGAACCCUCCUUCAAUCAAUUUGCUGAACUUCGACAGCAAGUACAUAGGAGCCGUUGUGAAAGCCGGCCUUAUCACUGGCCUCAUCGCCUUAGCGGAAGGUAUCGCGAUCGGGAGAAGUUUCGGGCUGAUGAAGAACGAGCAAAUCGACGGGAACAAAGAGAUGAUUGCCUUUGGUCUCAUGAACGUUAUAGGCUCAUUCACGUCUUGCUACUUGACAACAGGACCCUUCUCAAAGACAGCGGUGAACUACAACGCGGGGACAAGAACCCCGAUGUCGAACAUUGUGAUGGGGUUCUGCAUGAUGCUUGUUCUUCUGUUCUUGGCCCCGAUCUUCAGCUACACGCCUCUUGUCGCCCUCUCGGCCAUCAUCAUGUCGGCUAUGCUCGGUCUUAUCGACUAUGAGGAGAUGUACCACCUCUACAAGGUCGAUAAAUUCGAUUUCCUCGUCUGUAUGACCGCCUUUUUAGGCGUUUCGUUCAUCAGCAUGGACUACGGCCUCCUCAUGUCGGUGGCGGUUUCGAUUGUGAGAUCGCUCUUGUACGUUGCUCGACCCGGGACAUGUAAGCUGGGAAGAAUGCCGAACUCGGUGAUGUAUAGGGACGUCGAGCAAUACCCGGCUGCUGAGCAAAACGCCGGGUUCUUGAUUCUCCAAUUGGGUUCUCCGGUCUAUUUCGCCAACUCUACCUACGUCCGCGAAAGGAUCUUGAGGUGGAUCCGGGAUGAGACCGAACCUGUCGAGUUUCUUCUUCUCGAGCUCUCG